AUAACCACAUUACCCAUAAGUCUGCGGUGCGUGUCGGCGGCGGCUGAGCCAAUGAAGACACGAGAGGGUGACGUUGGCAUGCGUGCGCACUGGGUGGGGGGCGAGACUUCCGGCGUCCACUCUCCGGGUCGUUUUAGUUGCUCUCGGUUUCACGGGUUCAGGGCUUCUCGGGCGGUUGGUUGGCGCAAAGGUGACGGAGUGGGAGAGCGCGGAGAGAGUCGCUGUCCUCAUCGCUGAGGCGGCUGCGAGGCGCCCUCGCCCCCGCCCGGUCGCCCGCCGCGUCCCGCCCCGCUCUUCCCACUGGUCGGAGGCCGAGGCCGCGCCGGUGAAGCCGGCGCAGGUGGGUGCUGCGACCCCCGGGCCCUCGGCCGCCCGCCCCGCCCCUCCUCUCCCCGCCCGCUCGGCUCCCCGCAGUCAGGCCCCCGGGGCGGGAGCAGAGGGCGUCCUGGCUCGGGGUCCCGGUCCCGCCCCUGCGGUGGGGCGUAGGAGGGCCCGCAGGGCCUCCUGAGUCGGGGUCGGGGGCCCAGGGGCCGGGGCGGAGUGUCGCCUGCAGGGGCGGCGUGCGCGGCUGGGAUCUUCCGGGGUCAGGGGUCCAGGGCGGGGGUGGGAGGUGCGCGCCCAGAGAUAGGUUAGGAUAGGGGAGAGCAGGCCGGGGGGCUGCUGAGGAACCACCCCGGGCAGUCAUGGUGGAGGUUGGGCCCGGGCGGUGGCCGUGGAGGGAGAUGCGAGGAGAUUCUGCAAGAGUCGGGCAACAGAGCCGACGGGGUUUCCUGCUGCGUCGCCUGUAGCUGUGAGCACAAGUGGGGAGUGAAGGACCAGGUCAGGGCUUCCUUGCCUGAUCAUCUGAGAGAACAGAGGUGGGGAAGCGAGCCCAGCGGGCAGGUUUCGGGGAGAUCGUGAGUUCGGUUUGGACAUGUUGAUGCUGAGAUAUCUGAGGGUGGAGACAUGACGUGGGUCUGUAGAAGUGAGGGUCUGGAGGACGGGGAAGGGAGCUGGGCUGGAGCUGUCCGAGGUGUGGAGGGUGUGCACUGCUCCAGAGCCUGGCCUGAGGACCCGCCCAAGGAGGGAGUCUUAAGAUGAUUUCAGAUGAUGAGGGAGUUGAGGGCUGAGAGUUGGCGGGUAGGUCAUGGGAAGCAGGCGUUGGCAUCCCUGAUGCUUCCUCCGGAAAAGAGAUUUGCUGUAGGAGAGAUCCUUCUGCAUCUCUAGGAAGGGAGGCCUUGGUGGGGUGAGGAACUGCCCUUCGGUGGGGCAGUGUGUGUACUGGUGUAGACUCUACACCUGCGGGCUCAGCCGACCCUCAGGACCACUCUCUGUGGAGCAAGGGAAAUGUCCUCCAGGCUGAUGGAGUGGCGGGGUCCCACACAGGGCAUGCUUGUCAGCCCUACCCCUCAGGGCCAGUGGGAUGAGCCGCUGUCCGGUCCAGGGCCUCCAACAAGCCCCCUUCUGAGGAUUAAGUAGCAGCAGUUCUUGUCGCUGUGUGGACCAGCGGCUUGUCUGCGUACCCAACCUUUUCCUACAACUGGCCAACGGUCCCAUGGCGGUGGCAGAAAUGCUUAUGGACCCCGUGCAGAGCCGCGUGGUCUUUGAGGACGUGGCCAUACACUUCUCCCAGGAAGAGUGGGGCCUCCUUGAUGGAGCUCAGAGACUCCUGUACCGUGCUGUGAUGAUGGAGAACUUGGCGCUUCUGUCCUCCCUAGGUUGUUGGCAUGGAGCACAGGACGAGGAGGCAUCACAGGUCAGGACUCCAAAGCCAGGCUCUUCCGUCCAGGAGGCCCAGUGUGAGAAAGACAUGUUGCCCUCGGCUGAGCAGGAUGGAAUGUACUCUCAUCAGGAACUAUAUAUUUGUGGGGCAAACCAAAAGGAAUGGAUUGAAGACCAGUUUUCUAGAAGGGAGGAGGGGAGGCCUUCCUCUGCAACGAACGACAGUGUUCACGUGGCAGAGAGUAGCUGCACGUGCUGCAAAGACGGAAAGGACUUUCCGGCCGGCACAGGCCUGCCCCAGCACCUGACCGCUCGCAGUGCAUUGAAACCACACAGGGACCCCAAGUGCGGGGAGGCCUUUGAAAGCGGACAGAGUGAUUACAAGUGCAUUCAGUGCGGGAAGGCCUUCAGGCAAAAACAGGUACUUGGUGAGCACCAGAAAAUCCACACUGGAGUAAGACCUUACGAGUGCAGCAAAUGUGGGAUGGCCUUCAUUAGAAAGUUCCACCUUGUUCAGCACCAGAAAAUCCACACUGGAGAAAGGCCUUUUAAGUGCAGCGAAUGUGGGAAAUUCUUUCGGUACAACUCCACACUCGUUAGUCACCAGAGAGUUCACACUGGAUUAAGCCCUUAUGAAUGUAGCAAAUGUGGGGAAUUCUUUAAGUACAAUGCCAACUUCAUGAAACAUCAGAAACUUCACAAUGGAGAAAGGCCUUAUGAAUGUAGAGAAUGUGGAAAAUUCUUUAGGUACAACUAUAGACUCAUACGACACGAGAGGGUUCAUACUGGAGAAAGGCCUUAUGAAUGCAGCGAAUGUGGGAAAUUUUUCAGGUACAGCUCCACGUUCAUUAGGCAUCAGAGAGUUCACACUGCAGAAAAGCCUUAUGAGUGCAAUGAAUGUGGCAAGUUCUUUAGGUACAAUUCCACACUCAUUAAACAUCAGAGGGUUCACACUGGAGAAAGGCCUUAUGAGUGCAGGGAAUGUGGGAAAUUCUUUAGGUACACCUCUACGCUCAUUAGACAUCAAAGAGUUCACACUGGAGAAAGGCCUUAUGAGUGCAGCUUGUGUGGGGAAUUCUUUAGGUACAAGUCCAAACUCAUGAAACAUUGGCAAAAUCACACUGGAGAAAGGCCUUAUGAGUGCAGCGAAUGUGGGAAAUCCUUUAGGUACCACUGCAGACUCAUUAGACAUAAGAGAGUUCACACUGGAGAAAGGCCUUAUGAGUGCAGCGUGUGUGGGAAGUUCUUUCGGUACAACUCCAACCUUAUUAAACACUGGAGAAAUCACACUGGAGAGAGGCCUUAUGAGUGCAGCGAAUGCGGGAAAGCCUUUAGCUACAAGCAUAUACUUGUUGAGCAUCAGAAAAUCCACACUGGAGAAAGGCCGUAUGAGUGUGGCAAAUGUCAGAAGGCCUUCAUUAGAAAGUCCCACCUCGUUCAUCACCAGAAAAUCCACAAUGAAGACAGAUCUAUGAGCACCAUAAAUGUGGAGAAGGCUUUAGAUACAACUCCAACCCAUUAGUGGAGAAUUACACUCGUAAAGCAACUUGUAAAUGCGGAGAAUAUGGUGAAUCUUUUAGGUACCACUUUAAGCUCAUUACCCUGGAGAAGCACCUUAGAAGUACAGUAAAACCUUGGUUUGAGAGUAUAAUUCCUUCCAGAAACAUGCUUGCAAUCCGGAGCACCCAUAUAUCAAAGCGAAUUUCAAGAACCACUGGCCCAGUUGUGAUCAUGGGAUGUUCGGCGUCACUUACUACUUGUAUUGCAAGACAUAGCUUGUUUAUCAAGUUAAAAUUCAUGAGAAAUAUUUGCUCGUCUUGAGCAAUAGUUGCAGAACAAGUUACUCACAAUCCAAGGUUUUGCUGGGUAGUGAACGUGGGAAAUUGUUUUGGUGCAGUUCGCCAUUCAUUAGACAUCAAGAAGGCACUGGAGGGAGACCUUGGAGUGUAGUCAGUGUGGUCUUUAGGUGCAACUCCAGCCCCAUUCCACUUCAGAGAAUUCACAAUGGAAGAACAUCUUAUCUGUGCAGCAAAUACGGGUGUUUGUUCAUCUAAAAGUCCAACCUCUUUUGGCCCCAAAAAGUUCACACCAGAGAACAUUGCAAAGGGGGAAAGACUUCAGCCAAACACCGGCUCUCAUUUAUCCCUGGUAACCACUGUAAUAUAGUUCUUUAUUUUACAUGUGUGUUGUGCACACCUAGCACAGCUUACCCUCUCUCUGUGCACUUAGUAGUGUUAAAAAUUUCACACAUUUGUGCAACCUAUUUCCAGAAUUCCUUUCAUCUGGCAAAAUUGAAACUAGACCCACGAGACAAGCUUCUACCCGCCACCCACCACACCCGGCAGCUAUGUUUUUAUACUGUGUCUCUAUGGAUUUGACUGCUCUGGAGACCUCAUGUAAGUGGAAUCAUACGGUAUUUGUCUUUUCGUGACUGGCUUAUUUUGCUUAGCAUAGUUUCCUCAUUUGUCAGCAUUUCCUUCUGUUUUGAGAAAGAAUCAGAGUUAAUAAGAUAUUGGGAAGGGUGUCAAUGGAGUCAGUACAGCUUUGCCAGAUGUGAUAUUUCGGGAGGAAGAGGAGAUCCAGAUUUUAUAUGGUAUCUUUAUUCCUUAACAGCUUUAUGGAGGUAUUGACAUACGUUAAACUGCAUUUAUUGAAGGUGUAGGAUAUAUUUUCAUAUAUGUAUGCACGAUGGGAGCAUUGCCAGAGCCAUGAUAACGAAUAAUCCAUAACCCCUAUAUAUAGUUUCCAUCGGCCCCUUGUACUCUCUCUCUCCCAGUCCUACGCAACUUGCUAUCCCCAGGUGAGCACUGUCAUUUGCAUUUUCUAGAAUUUUAUAUAAAUAGAAUCCUACGCUUACUCUUGUAUAGCUGUGUUUACUAAGCGCAUAUAUGUAUUUUUAGUAUUGUCCAUGUUGUGUGUGCAGAAGCAUGGCACUGGAUAACCAGCAAGGCUCUGUUAUGAAUUAGAGCUGCACUGUUCAUAAACAACAAAGGUGCUAAUAAUCACUGAGCAUAAGAGUUGUUUAGAAUGGAAAAUGAAGUUUAGAUAAAAUAAAUUUAAAUUCAGUUUCAUAUGAAUUCAUUAUCAAUAAAAAAUCUUGAACCAUCUGAAA